CUCCGCCAUCAUGAAGUCCUGAACAAAAACGGAUGAGAGUCGAGCAAAAUGGGGAUAACACGAGCUGGAGAUGAAAUCCGCCGACAACACGAACGUAAUGACAGUACAAAGUGGAGCACGGAGCGGACCCGUGGAAAUUAAUGAAUCAACUUCCCAUUGAAAACGUCCCAGGCAGCUCCUGGCGUUACGUUAUUUAGUUAGCGGUGUAGCUAACAGCAGCUAGAGCUAGCCUCUGAUUUUCUUUGGAAGACAGCUCUGCUACUAGCUGGCUGGCUCGUUUAGCUGACAGGCGUCAGUCAACUAGCUGUCACUUUAACUGACUGGCACUUUACUCAUGUCAAGUCGUGCAGACGUGCUAACUGUCCAAUUGACUGGGAGCAUCAGGAUGGAGAGGAGUUUGAGUAAAAGCAUCGACAGGCAGAAUGUGGCUUGUUCGUGUUGAAUAGACAGCAGUGCCGAGGAAAGGGGAGUGAGACCAAUAUUUUCCAGCCAGGCCAGUUAGCUAGCUUCAGAGCUAGCUACAGUGGAUCCCAAAAGCCACGGCGCUGGCCAUGCCGUCGAGUGUGCGGGCCGGGAGCCUAAAGGACCCGGAGGUGGCUGAGCUGUUCUUCAGGGAGGAUCCUGAGAAGCUCUUCACAGACCUGAGGGAGAUCGGCCAUGGGAGCUUCGGAGCGGUCUACUUCGCCCAUGACAUCCGCACCAAUGAGGUGGUGGCCAUCAAGAAGAUGUCCUAUAGUGGCAAACAGUCCAAUGAGAAAUGGCAGGAUAUCGUCAAGGAAGUGAAGUUCCUCCAGAAGCUGCGCCACCCCAACACUGUUGAGUACCGUGGCUGCUACUUGAGAGAGCACACAGCAUGGCUGGUGAUGGAGUACUGCUUGGGCUCAGCUUCUGACCUCUUAGAAGUCCACAAGAAACCCCUCCAGGAAGUGGAAAUAGCUGCGAUAACCCAUGGUGCAUUGCAGGGAUUGGUGUAUCUUCACUCUCACAACAUGAUUCACAGGGAUGUGAAGGCAGGAAACAUCUUGCUGACAGAGCCAGGCCAGGUCAAACUAGGAGACUUUGGCUCUGCCUCCAUCGUUGCCCCUGCCAACUCCUUUGUGGGAACACCUUACUGGAUGGCCCCUGAGGUGAUCCUGGCCAUGGACGAGGGUCAGUACGAUGGGAAGGUGGAUGUGUGGUCACUUGGCAUUACCUGCAUAGAGCUGGCGGAAAGGAAGCCUCCUCUGUUCAACAUGAAUGCUAUGAGUGCCUUAUACCACAUCGCCCAGAAUGAGAGCCCUGUGUUGCAGUCUAAUCACUGGUCGGAUUAUUUCCGCAAUUUUGUGGACUCCUGUUUGCAGAAGAUCGCCCAGGACAGACCUACCUCUGAUGUGCUGCUCAAGCACCAUUUCCUAUGCAGAGAGCGUCCCAUGACGGUUGUGAUGGACCUGAUCGCCCGCACCAAGGAUGCUGUCCGCGAGCUGGACAACCUUCAGUACCGGAAGAUGAAGAAAAUUCUCUUCCAUGAGGCGCACAAUGGCCCCGCACCAGAAGGAGGCGAUGAGGAAGAGGAUGUGGAGCAGUAUAUGCUGCGCACCGGCACAGUCAACAGCAUGGAGAGCUCCCACUCUCUGCCAUCCAUGUCAAUCAGUGCCAGCUCCCAGAGCAGCUCGGUCAACAGCCUGGCAGACGGCUCUGACGACAGCGGGGAGAUGGCCAUGAUGCAGGAGGGAGAGCACACCGUCACCUCCAACAGCUCCGUCCUGCACAAGCCCCUGAGCCAUGACAACAUCUACGAUGAUCCCUAUCAGCCAGAGGUGGACUCGCAACAAGAAGCCUCGUCUGCUGGUGGCGGCGGCGGAGGGGGCGGAGGAGGAGGGAGGCGCCGUCGAGGCAGAGACCAUUUUGCCACCAUCAGGACAGCCUCGCUCGUCACCCGUCAGAUCCAGGAACAUGAACAGGGCUCGGCCCUGAGAGAGCAGAUGUCAGGGUACAAGCGAAUGCGACGGCAGCACCAGAAGCAGCUGAUGGGCCUGGAGAACAAGCUGAAAGCGGAGAUGGAUGAGCACCAGCUGAGGCUGGACAAAGAGCUGGAGAAUCAAAGGAACAGCUUCUCAAUGGAGGGAGAGAAACUGUCAAAGAAGCACCAGGUUAUCCUGGAGAAGGAGACAAAGGCAGUCCUGACUGAGGAGAAGAAGUUCCAGCAGCACAUUCUGGCUCAGCAGAAGAAGGAAUUGACCAGUCUGCUGGAGUCCCAGAAACGGCAGUAUCGACAACGCAAGGAGCAACUCAAAGAGGAACUGAACGAGAACCAGUCAACUCCAAAGCGGGAGAAGCAAGAGUGGUUGGUGCAUCAGAAGGAGUGUCUGCAGCAGCUGCAGGCGGAGGAAGAGGCGGGCCUGCUCCGACGGCAGAGGCAGUAUUAUGAGCUACAGUGUCGCCAGUACAAGAGGAAGAUGCUGCUGGCACGUCACAACCUGGAGCAGGAUCUGCUGCGAGAGGAACUGAACAAGAAGCAGACUCUGAAGGACUUGGAGUGCGCCAUGCUUCUGCGUCACCACGAGUCCACCCAGGAGCUGGAGUUCCGCCAGCUGGGCUUGGUGCAGCAUACGCGGGCCGAGCUGAUCCGCACGCAGCACCAGACGGAGCUCACCAACCAGAUGGAGUAUAACAAGCGGCGUGAGCAGGAGCUGCGUCAGAAACACGCCGUGGAGGUCCGCCAACAGCCCAAGAGCCUCAAAGUGAGUGAGAGCACCCAGGGCCAGGGGUCUCCUGAGGAGGGAGAGAGCCAGACAACAGAGGACAGCGGGGCAGGGGUAGUGCGAGUAGAGGUGGAGGACGGGAGGGGUGGCGAGUUAGAAAAGGAGAGCGAGGUGGUAGCUAAGGAGAUUUAUGAUGGCCAGGAUGAGCUUGAUGGAGCAGAAUUGGUGGUUGAAAGGAAAGAUGAGGUUGUUGACGGUGGUAAACCAAAGGGAAGUGAUGGCGGAGAGGAGGAGAAAGAGGAGUGGAAAAUGGGUGAAGAAGGCACAGAGGUGAGGGAAGUAGAAGGAGUGCAGUGGGAGUACGAGGAUGACCGCAGUAGAGCCGCACACGUAGACACUGAUGAUGAGGAAGAGGAGGGCAGGGGCGUGGCCGACGGUUGUCCGUCAGAGCUCAUCUCAUCCCUGUCCCCAGAAAAGAGACGGCUCCGUGAGCGAGACAUGGAUGAGCUGUCCGAGUUUUACUUCCCCAGCGCUCCGGAGGAGCUGGAGCCCAUACCCACCCCACCCCCUGCCCCGGCCCAGACGUCCCUCCCCUCACUCUUUUCUCACGCCAUCUGCCUCCUCCUCUCCCUCUCCGCUGCUGCCCAGCCCUCCAACCUCACUUUGCUGCUACUCUCCAUCUUCCUCCUCUCUCUCCGUCGCUCACCUCCUCUGCCCUCCGUGGCCUCCAUCCUUCUCUCCGCCGAGCUUGCCUUCUUGGCGCUCUUCUUCUCCUACCUCUUCCUUCGCUCCUGCUGCUCUCUAUCUCUCUCCACCUACCUGUCGCUCAGCCUCUGGGCCAGUGGCCUCUUCAGUUUAGGUCUCUCCUUCAGUUUGGGGAUUUAUUACAUCCCCAUGAUUUUAAUCUCAGCCUCCUUCCUCAGCUCUCCCUCCCUCUUCCUCUCUCUCUACCUGGUGGUGGUGCUGGUUGUCAGGCCGGCCCGCGACUUCCUCCAGCACGCACCCCGCAAAGUCAACCGCCUCUGCAUGCGCGUCCUUUUCCGCCUGCCUCGGCCCCUGUUUGCCAUGUGCCAGUCAGUCCUGGGCGGUAUGGCGGAGCGUAACCUCUAUGAGAUGUUUCCCAAAGCGGGGCGCAACUGGGGUGUACGCCAGUCCAAAAUCCCAGUCCUGCUGAAGAGCUUGCCUUUAGAGUAUCAGGCUCGCUGCAGCAGCACCUCACCCCUGGCCAAGGGCUUUCUCUGGGUGAAGCGUUUCAGCAGACGCCCCCUCGGGGUCCUGGCAGACCUAGCUAACUCCAUAGUGCUAAAACUAGCCAGACAGCUACUUAAAAAGCUGCCGCUCACAGUCAGCAUCAGACUCCAAACUCUGGGCCUCUUGAAGAAGGAGGUCCCGAGCAGGCUGCCGCGACUGCUGCCCAGGGACGUGAGAGAGAGGAGACAGAGGGAGAGGAGGGCGAGAGAGAGGGAGAGACAGAGGAGGGUGGAGAGGGAGAGGAUGUUUCGCGAGGAGUCGAGGUGGGAGUGCGGGUUGAGACGAACUUCAUCCGGAAGGUUUGUCAGGGGGAAAGUUCGACCGUGGAGAUAGCAAUAGACAAAUGGAAGGAAAGAGUGCGUGUUUGCAUGCAUGCUCGUGAUCAUGUUCCAUCGCUUAGCCGUCGUCUGUGUGUCUCUUUGAUUUGGGCCCACAUGUCUCUCUUGUUGCGUAAUUCCCAAACUGGUUUUUGGUCACAUUUCUUCAAGAUGAGACAUUUUUUACCGAGCACACAUACAUCUGUACGUCUGUGGCUGAAAGUGAUUUUGGCUGACGCAGCUUAUCCAAACGUGCGUUCAUGAGCGCACACAAGCCGUACUGUCGAAUCAGUGGGUUCUGCAGCAUUAAACCUGCAGCCAAACCCACGGCUCCUGUACCCAAACCCAGUGAAGUUUGAACAUUUCAUUAUUGUGCUUUUUGUAAAAGUUCCUUUAAGUUUCUUUAAUUUUAUUAUUUUGCUCUUAAUUUGUAAGACAAAGAUUUUUAUGGUUAUUUUUAAGACCGUUUUUGUGCAAUCUUUUGUUUUUCUUUAUUAGUGGUCUUUUCUUCAUAGUUCGCACUGUUAUCUCAGUGCUUAGAACAAAUAUUACAGUGUUGCAUAGCUUCAUGGCUAUAAUCUCACUCCCCAAAGAUGAAUACUGUGAAAAAAGAAAACGUCACUAACAUCACCCUGAACACUAGCUCUCAGUCAGUAGAAAAGUGCAAUAAACAUCAAAGUAGAAAUAUCUGGGACCACUGCAAGACAUUUGAUAUCAUGUUAAAGUGUAAUUCCAAAGUUUAAAAGUGGAAAAUAGGUCUUACUUUACGGGACCUAAAGUAACAAAGUUUGGGGCCGUUUAGCCAGAACUUAAAGUCUUUCCAGUUCGUUGUUUAAUGUUCAGACAUCAUAAGAUAUUAUUCACAGCUGGUGAAAUCAUUAUCUUUCAGAUUCUAGUUCUGUAUACUAUUUUUAUUGCACUUUAUGCAAUAAUCUUUAUAUGAUUUACCAUGUAAACAUCUAGAUAUUUCCCCCUUAAUAAUCAUAUAAAUUUACACCAGUUGAGUGCCUAGUUACAGCUGUCGGAUGCAUGAAUAGUCUGUUGUGAAGUGGCGUAUCCUAAAUUUAUAGUGGAAACAUAAGAAAGCAGGAUAUAGGUAGUAAAAGUAUAAUAUAUGAAAACCUAUUUAAUAUUUCAAUAUAGCUUAAUUUAUAUGAAGCCAUAUAGACAAUCUUUUGAGACACGCAAUCAUGAAAUAAGUCCAAAGAUUGACGUAACUACUGAAUGUGAAACUUCAGAUUGAGACUAUCAUGUGAAGAGAAGAUAUUGAGUCAUAGCAGACAUCUGGUUAAUUUUGCACUGUCCCAAAGACUAUUUAAAAAAAAUAAUAAAAAAAAGCCAAAUGUGGAAGAGAGAUCGCUUCAGUUUAAGGCUGCAACUAACGAUUAUUUUCAUUAACGAUUAAUCCGCUCGACUUAGCCAACGGAAUGUCAAAAAAUAGUGAAGAAAUGCCUGCAGCGUAAUGUGAUCGCUUCCAAUAUCUUCUUUUGUUCAAAACACAGAGAUGUUCAGUUUACACUGAUACAUAACAGAGAAAAGCAAAUCCUCUGAUGUAAGAAGCUUGAAAAAUGACUGACAGGGUUAAUCAUCAGAAUAGUUUGCGAUCAUUUUUUUGUCAGCCAACCGAUGAAUCGUUUCGGCUUUUCUCCUGUCGGACCAAAAAGACACGGACUGGCUAAUAGUGCCGUUUUGUCUCACGCUGUCGGGAAUACCAAAAUGCUGUGAUGUGUACGUUCAAUAGAAUGAAGUGAAAACAAAAUGUAGGUGAAAAGUUUCAGUUGUGACAUGCAGAAAUCUGAGAUUAUAUACCUUUUAAAAUUUGCAUAUUUGCAAGGGAAGUCUGAUGAAGAUGAGGAAAAUGCAUUAGCGCUUAUAAAUGCUUUUUAUGUAAGAAAAAGUGCCCUGCGUGUCACCGAAGGACGGCGUUUGAGCCAUUGACAUGGAGGAAUAUUACUGAGUAGGACAACUCAAUCUUAACUGUGUGUGACCCAGGGCACAAAGGUAGGGCACUGCUUUUGGGUGACCUGCGUUUGGAAAGUCUAGCUUUAAAAAACAAAACAAAAAAACAUUUCUCAACAACCAUUGUUUUAUUUGAAUGUAACUUUAUUUGCCAUUGAUUUGCAUUUGUGUUCCAGUAUCAGUUAUUUCCUGUUCCUCUGUGUAUGUUUACAUGUUUGUAUUCUGUUUUGUUGUGACACCGUCUCAGAGUUUAUCACCUUGAGUUUUUUUUUGUUUGUUUUUUUUAUAUAUAUAAAUAUAUAUAUUUAAUUUAUGCAGUAUUUAUCAGAUCAGUACUGCAUUGUGUUUGGCAGCCAUUUUUGUUGUCCUUUAUUCUCAUACUAGCUGCAUGAGUGUUGGCGUACUGUACGGCUGCGUGCUCGCAAACAUAGAUAAAAAUAUUUUGUCAUACCUUCAGAUUUUUU